CAACAAGAGACAAACACUCGCUGCUGAGUGCAUGGAGGAGAGCGGCUGCAGGUGUACACGGGAGGCGCUGCAUAGGCAGAGCAGCAGCAGGGAAUAACUACAUGGUAACCUCUGUGCCCGCAGGCACCACCACACUGGGCCCGCACCUGACCCCAUAGGAUGACACAGCUCUGACACAUCACCGACGAUUACACCAGUGAUCCGGGCGCUGGCACCCUAAUCCGGGCGAGAUGCAGAGGAGGACGCCCUGAGACAAGCGGUGAGGACGGAUCUGACCUCAGGUUUCCCGAUCUGGAGUAUAAGAAACUCAUUGUUUCUGACAACCAGUAGUCAAGAAAGAUGGCGGAGGGUGCCCGACUGCGAACCAGUGCUGAAAAGAUCCCCGAAGAACAAACACAGGAUUCUGGCUCCGGUUCGAGUGCUGGAGGAGCGGGUGGGGUGGCUCUGAAGAAGGAGAUUGGGCUAGUGAGCGCCUGUGGCAUUAUAGUGGGUAAUAUUAUUGGCUCCGGCAUAUUUGUGUCCCCAAAGGGAGUACUGGAAAAUGCUGGCUCAGUGGGAAUGGCUCUCAUUGUGUGGAUUGUCACAGGAGUAAUCACUGCAGUGGGAGCUCUGUGUUACGCAGAGCUUGGUGUCACCAUUCCCAAAUCUGGAGGAGACUACUCAUAUGUUAAGGAUAUCUUCGGUGGACUUGCAGGAUUCCUCCGGCUUUGGAUUGCAGUCCUUGUGAUUUAUCCUACAAACCAAGCAGUUAUUGCACUAACGUUUUCCAACUAUGUCUUACAACCUCUCUUCCCAACGUGUUUUGCACCUGAGUCAGGACUCCGUCUUUUGGCAGGCGUCUGCCUAUUGCUGCUCACCUGGGUGAAUUGUGCCAGUGUACGAUGGGCCACUCGAGUUCAAGACAUGUUCACGGCUGGGAAGCUGCUGGCUUUGGGACUCAUCAUUAUUAUGGGAUUUGUGCAGAUCUGUAAAGGGGAGUAUUUCUGGCUGGAGCCAAAGAAUGCGUUUGAGAAUUUCCAGGAGCCAGACAUUGGACUCAUUGCAUUGGCUUUUCUGCAGGGCUCAUUUGCAUAUGGGGGCUGGAACUUUCUAAACUAUGUGACAGAGGAGCUUGUGGACCCGUACAAGAACCUCCCACGUGCCAUCUUUAUAUCUAUUCCACUUGUCACAUUUGUAUAUGUGUUUGCAAAUAUUGCCUACGUGACUGCCAUGUCCCCUCAGGAGCUACUGGCCUCCAAUGCAGUGGCUGUGACAUUUGGUGAAAAAUUGCUGGGUGUCAUGGCCUGGAUCAUGCCAAUAUCUGUGGCUCUCUCCACAUUUGGGGGAGUCAAUGGAUCUCUCUUUACCUCAUCCAGGUUGUUUUUCGCUGGUGCAAGAGAGGGUCAUCUUCCAAGUGUCUUGGCCAUGAUCCACAUCAAACGUUGCACCCCAAUCCCAGCACUGCUUUUCACUUGCCUUUCCACUCUACUGAUGCUUGUUACCAGUGACAUGUACACUCUAAUCAAUUAUGUCGGCUUCAUCAAUUACCUGUUCUAUGGUGUCACUGUGGCUGGGCAGAUUGUCUUAAGAUGGAAGAAGCCAGACCUUCCUCGGCCAAUCAAGAUUAACUUAAUUUUUCCAGUGAUCUACCUCCUCUUCUGGGCUUUUCUGCUCGUGUUCAGCUUAUGGUCUGAGCCAGUUGUGUGCGGAAUAGGCCUGGCCAUCAUGCUUACUGGAGUUCCUGUGUAUUUCCUGGGGGUCCACUGGCAAAACAAGCCCCAGUGGUUCAAUAACUUUGUUGAUGCAGCGACACGUGCUGGCCAGAAGCUGUGUGUGGUGGUCUAUCCUCAAAUGGACAAUAAAGAUGAAGAUGACAGUGAGGAAACCAAAGAACAGAGAGCACCAAUUUACAAGCCAGGGUCUGAAGCUGAAGACGGAGCUCAUGCCUGAGCCCUUCCCUUCUCCGUUGAGUGUUCACUACACUCCCACUGCCCUUAUAUACAAAUGUGUCAGGACCACACUGUGCAGCUUUGCAGAGAUAGAUGGAACGUGUGUGUAUGUGUAUUUGUGAAUGUGUAUGUGCUCCUCGCUGUGCACAUAAACUACAGUAUGCUGGUUAUUUUAUCUCCUCUCUCCAUUGCCCUCAGGUAGUAGUGGUGGUGUCCCAGGGUAGAAUUACUUGGCGUGAAGUCAGUGCUAUGUGAUUGUUUGUUACACAUACAGUUGUGCAUUGUUUCCCUGUAGCUCUAUCUCUGCAUUGUACUGUGGAACUGUUCUAUAUUACCACUCCAUACAGUGCCCUUAGCUGCUGUAAUAACUCUCCCACGGGGCAAAAGAGGGCGUUACAGCUUUGUGACAUAAUGUCUAUGCACCUCAUGUUAGAGGUACUCACUAAAAGCGGGUGUGUCUGUCUUGUGCUACCCUUACAAACCUUCAUCCAGAACUGUAAGUUGUACUCUGCUUCUCAUUGUGGGCUGCCAUGGACAUACACCAGAUCGAGGUACCUGAAAAGAUUAUUAAAACCACUCUUUCCAUGACUCCAUGUUCCUUCGACUACAACAUUGCAAAUGGCAUGUCUGCUACAGGAAUAUUGUUUGCUAAAUGAUGGUUUACACCAGACAAUCAUGAGAUAUGCACAGAACUGACUUCUCAAACCCUUCGGCACACGUGGUAGUCGGCAGGACUUCUAACUGGCUAGAAGAAAGUCAAUGUACCACAGUGCGGUCUGAGAUCUCCCCCCUGACUGUAAUUUGCCACAAUGGUCCUAAUUUCAAUCCAAAACUGAGGUUAACCAUAACCCACAUUGGAGGCACUCCAAUCUCUCACUCCUCAUAUGUACCAUUUACACUCCAAGACGUCUGGGCAAUUAUCUACCAGGUGUUUUAAUUCUACAGAAUACUCUAAAUGUUUUAUAUAGAUUUGUGUUUUUUUUAUUUAGGAUCUCUUGUCUCUGAAUGUAAUAAAAUGGAUCUUGUGCCUUUUAUGGUGGUAUGCAUAUAUGCGUGGAGUACUGUCCAUUCACAUAUUGCAAUAUGUUAUUAAACACAUACAUGCACACAAA